UUUUCAUUAGGUGUGACAGCUGUGUGUGUUGAGCAUGAAAACUCCUGGAGCUGCUGUGCUGCUGUUGCUUUGGGCUGGUAUAGUUGCGGUUGCAGGGGAGACUUGCCAGCCUGACAUCUACAAUGUGCUGAAGGAAAUCAGCGCUCUGGUGAAACAACUUAGGUGGGAAACCAAUGCUCAGGCAAAGGAUCUGACGGAAUUGAGAAGGGAAAGAGAUAACAGCAAGGUGUCUUUCUCUGCCUCACUGAAAACAUCACCAGGUCAUCAGUACUACGGUCCCUAUAACAGCCCUACCACACUGAUCUACAGACAUGUCUUCACUAACACCGGAAAUGCCUACAACAACAACACAGGUAUUUUCACAGCUCCAGUCAGAGGGGUCUACCACUUUGUUGUAUUCAUUCAUGGACAUUGUCAUGAACAUAGAGGCAUAGCAGUCUCUCUUAAUAAAAACAAAGAGCAUGUAGCCAUGGCAUGGACUCAACAGUCAACACUGAAUUUGAAUGGUGGGACUGGAGCUUCUCUGCUGCUGGAGGUGGGAGAUGUGGUCUAUGUGAAGCUGCCGGAAAAUGCAUGGUUGGCGGACAACCAAUUUCACUUCAACACCUUCUCUGGUCACUUGCUCUUCCCCAUGUGAGGGAAGCAGUAGACGGAGAAGUUAUGGAGUGAUGCUAGCAGUGAGAACUACACACUCCUAACCUUGUUCUUUAGAUGGUCACUGGGUGGAUCUGACCAACAUAUUUAGUGUGUCUUAUGUAUAAGUCAGGGUUAUUUUAUAGUGAUUGCUAUGUGCUAGCUGGCUGGUUGUUGGUAUGUGGUUUUACCUAGUGUUUGUAUAUCAACACUAGAAAUGAAAUAUGCUGUACUCGGUAUAUCUGUCAUUCGCAUAAUGAAAUAAAAGCUUAAAUUAAA